GGGAUGGCAGUCCCAAACACAACAUGGCAACUCAUCUACUCACUCAUGAAAGACUAAAAAAUGGAAACCAACGUAUUUCAUCUUAUGCUCUGCGUCACUUCUGCUCGGACUCAUAAAUCCACGUCUCUUUGCUUUGGCCACUUCAACUCAUAUCCAAGCCUUUUUUUAAUUCAUGAUUUAUUGCUGGAAAUAUCCUUUCAACUCUCAGCACCUCAUGAAGAUGCGCGCUUAACUCCGGAGGAGCUAGAAAGAGCUUCCCUUCUACAGAUACUGCCAGAGAUGCUGGGUGCAGAAAGAGGGGAUAUUCUCAGGAAAGCAGACUCGAGUACCAACAUUUUUAACCCAAGAGGAAAUUUGAGAAAGUUUCAGGAUUUCUCUGGACAAGAUCCUAACAUUUUACUGAGUCAUCUUUUGGCCAGAACCUGGAAACCAUACAAGAAACGUGAGACUCCUGAUUGCUUCUGGAAAUACUGUGUCUGAAGUGAAAUGAGCAUGUUAGUCAGCUCAGAAACACCCACCUUAGAACAUGAAAAAUAACACAAUGCUUGAUUUGAAAAGUGUGGAGAAAAACUAGGCAAACUACACCCUGUUCAUUAAUACCUGGAAAAUAAAUCCUCUAUGUUUUGCACA